AUGCAAUGCAUAAUUAUUGUAGAAAAGGCGGGAGUUGUGGAGAACGUGGAGGAGACCGAAUCAACCGACCUAUCCGAAAAGGACAAGGCGGCAUUGGAACGAGCGAUGGAGGAGAAGGAGGAUUUGGAGAAACACGCCGCCAUCAUUGGUUCAAUUUCUCUCACCCUCAUAAUUGUCACACUUGUUUGCAUGUUUUUUGCAAUUCGUCGAAAACGGAAAGAAGCAACUCACCAUGUGAUUGAAGUAAAACUGCCCUCCGAUCAGGACAGUCCACACCUACCUGGCACAAAUGCAAAUAGCAGUAUAAAAAAUGUCAAUGCAGCCGCUCCUCAUUCCUCCAAAUUGCUGCCUAAAGAUGUGAUCAUUGACUUGGAGGAUAUUGAAAAUGAGCCAGUUUUCUCCAGUUCGGGUGAUGCUCUUCUGGGUCGAGAGCCCAAUUCGACACAAAAGGGGAUCCUGGGACCCACGGGUCUCUUUGCCAAUCACAACUGGGACAGACGAACAUCACCAGGUGUGGCUAAAGCCUUUGGACUGAGUGCAAUUUCCAAGUCACCGUCUACAAAGCCUGGCAAAUCGAGGAAUGCCCUCUUUCGACACCAACAAAUGCAACAACAACACCAACAGCAACCACAGCAGAGAGCACAACGGUGUGCGUGGCAAUCGGAUGCCAACCUAAUCCAACACUCCCAAAUGCACAACAGUCGAGGGAAACUGCAUCGAGGUGACUCAGCACAAACGGCUGAUGGGGUGGCAAAUUUUCGCUACAUGCAACCACAACUGCCACCUAGACUGAGUAACCCACCACCAGUGGCGGUGACGCCUAAGAAUCGUCAGCCGUGGAGUCUGCGCCAACAACAGCAGCAACAGCAAAGGGAGGAGCAUCAUAAUCGGAGUCAAAAUCGAAGUCAUCACCACCAUCGCCAUCGACACCAUCACCGCCAUCGACGUCGGCAGCAACAGCAACAAAAACAGCCUGGUAAGGAACGACAUCAACCUCAACAGUCAGUACUCCUACAUAGGCAAAAGACAAACAGCACAGAUGUGCCAGAUUCAUCCUAUCAGGAGGGUCACUUGCUAAAUUGUCGAAUGCUCACUGAGCAACAACGGACACUCUCUCUCGCUACCUCACGUUUUCGCCUCUACGACAGCCGGGAAUUGACGUCGUAUGGAGGCGACUUCAGCAGUUGUGGAAGUGACUCCAGGUCUUCUUCCUCACCUUCUACAUCUUCCGCCUCCUCUUCCAGAUCCACCAACUCCACAGGUUCUUCUUCCACCUCCUAUUCCUCCAAUUCAACAACUACUACUUCAUUUUGUCCACAAAAACGUGCUCCACGAGGAUAUCGAGGUUAUGAGAACCUAAUGCCUUAUAGUAUCCGCUUAAAGACCUUUCGCAGCAUGCCAGAUGUGACUAGGGCUACAGGGCCUCAUACUGUUGUGUCUGGAGGAGGUAUCGGUGGCGGUAGCGGUGGCGGUGGUUAUCAAUUUGCAGUCAGCUGUGGUCACAAGGAUUGUCGUGACUACUAUCGGCUACAGGCGUUGAGGUCUGAUCUUCAAAUAGAGAGACGAAGAUCAGAGAAGAUAGGGGUUGAAAAACCCGCUUUGUUUAGGGAGAGGGAGAUAGAAUUGACACCAUCUUCGGAGGAUGAUGAAGAGGGAGGGAUGCAGAAUGCCAACAGCAGGGAAGGCGUUGAUCCUGGCGAAAAACCAAUCCCUCUGCCCAAUCCGAUCGCAUCGGAUGCCUACUCGGUCCAUGGACUAAGUGAUGCAAUAAGCGUUGAAUCGUCCAAAGAUGAAGGCACUGGAAGUGAGAAUACGCGCUCAGCUGUCACCGACGUGUCCGAUGAGAGUGCCCGUCAAAGCUCCUACACCUCCACCAAUUCCCCCAUCUCGCCACGACCACCGUCUCGUGUUAGCUCCGCCAAUCGCUCGCUCUCGCGUGUCGCCUCACUGUCGAAACGUCUCGACUCUCCUGCCAGUUCGCGAUCCCGUGUGAGAGUGCAUCCAGCGGCGCCCAAUCUCCUGGUCUACGAGUACGAAGCCUAG